AUAAUUUCUCCUCAAGUCUCACCUCUCGAAAAAUCAAAGAUCGAUAAACUAGAAAAAUCCUCAAGAUCUGUUAAUCACUUUUACUGAGAUGGGUUUCGAUGAUUCAUGCAACACAGGUCUCGUUCUUGGAUUAGGUCUCUCACCAACUCCUAAUAAUUACAAUAAUGCCAUCAAAAGAUCAUCCUCCGGUUUCAAGCUCGAGCCGUCGUUGACUCUAAGCCUCUCUGGCGAUCCCUCAGUGACGGUGGUCGCCGGAGCUGACCAGCUCUGCCGUCAGACGUCAUCUCACAGCGGAGUCUCUUCUUUCUCAACCGGAAGAGUGGUGAAAAGAGAAAGAGACGGCGGCGAAGAGUCACCGGAGGAGGAGGAGACGACGGAGAGAGUUAUAAGUGAUUAUCAUGAAGAUGAAGAAGGUGUUAGUGCUAGAAAAAAACUUAGGCUUACCAAAGAGCAAUCUGCUCUUCUUGAGGAAAGCUUCAAGCACCAUAGCACCCUUAAUCCCAAGCAAAAACAAGUUCUGGCUAGACAGCUGAAUCUUAGGCCUAGACAAGUUGAAGUAUGGUUUCAAAAUAGAAGAGCCAGGACAAAGCUGAAGCAAACAGAAGUAGAUUGCGAGUUUUUGAAGAAAUGUUGUGAAACAUUAACAGAUGAGAACAUAAGACUUCAGAAAGAGAUUCAAGAGCUCAAAACCCUAAAAUUGUCUCAUCAUCCCUUUUACAUGCACAUGCCUGCAUCGACUCUCACGAUGUGUCCUUCAUGUGAAAGAAUCGGCGGCAGCAGCGGCGGCGGUAACGGAGGAGGAGGUGCCGGAGGCGGAGGCAGCGUGGCCACCACGGUGGUCGUCGAUGGAAGUACGGCUAAGGGAGCUUUCUCCGUCUCCUCAAAGCCUCACUUCUUCAACUCUUUUACCAAUCCCUCUGCAGCUUGUUGAAUAGUAGUAUUCAGUUUUUUUUUUUUUAAUAUAUUUUAUUUUAUUUUUUUUUUUGAUGGCAUUUUAUUUAGUACGAAGAACACAAGAAAUAUGUUAGAAAGGGUAAGAUGGGUAUAGAUUGUCUCUUCUACAAUUCCCACUUUGUUUUUCAGUGGGAUUGUUGGUUUGGGAAAAAGAAUAGUUUGUAAUUAUUAUUUUAUUUGUAGAAAAAAGGUAAUAGUAUUCACUCUAAAUU